AUGGAACGGCCAAGAUCCUUGGGCGAGACCUUGGCCGCCGGAAUCACAACAUCCUUCUUGUCAUCCCCUGGAUACGAUUGUCGUUCUCCCGUCACUCCACGCAUCCCGCGGACACCAAGAACACCAAGCAUUCCAGGCUCGGCGUCGAGCCUUGCGCAACCGGAAACCCCUGCUUCCGUCCAGGAUGAAGACGCACACCCCAUCAUCUCCUCUGGACCGAGCUUUGGCCUACCGGCGAAGGCCAACUCCUCCAGUCACCACAGCAGCUUCAAGAAGGGUAAGACAACAAGACCCGCAAGCCUCAAGCCGGAGUCACUACACCUCUCUUCACUAUGCCGGGAUAAAGUCGGCCACCAGUUUCUUCCACUCAGUGCUCAAUCAAUAACACCAAGCCUGAUAGAUCGACCAAAACAUGUUCUCGGGCAAAAUGAACUCACGACGUUCUCCGCCAUCAACCUCAUACUGGGCAAGACGAUUGGGGUCGGGGUCUACUCGGUCCCGUCGUCCGUCUUUACUGAGGUCGGCUCGGUUGGAAUGACACUCGUCAUCUGGCUUCUGGGUGCCGUGAUCUCGUUCUGCGGAUUGUCGGUAUAUCUCGACCUUGGCACUGCCUUGCCUCGCUCAGGCGGAGAAAGAGUCUAUCUUGAACGUAUCUUCCGACGGCCGAAAUUGCUGGCCACCAGCAUGUUCAUGGCAUACGUCGUCCUUUUGGGAUUCAGUACACCGAAUUGCAUUAUCUUGGGAAAUUAUGCGGUAUCAGCCUCGGGGUUUCAGCCCGGUCUGUGGGGCGUACGCGGCGUCGCUGUCUUUGUCAUUUCGCUGGCUUGCUUCCUGCAUUCCCAAGCGCCGUCCGCAGGGCUCCGCAUCAUCAACGUUCUCGGCGUGGCCAAGAUGUUGAUCCUCGCAGCUGUUAUCCUGAGCGGGAUAGCCAGUAUCGGUCGAGUCCCGGCCACGACAGGGCCGGGCUCCAUUGCCCAUCAGAACUUCACGUCGAUAUGGGCUGGCACCAGCUCCAAGCCGUACAACUAUGCGACUGCGUUGCUGCAAGUUCUCUACUGCUUUCGCGGCUACAACACAGCGAACCAGGUCAUGUCAGAAGUGCGCAACCCGAUCUCCACCAUCAAAGUCGCGGGUCCGGUUGCCCUAUCCCUCGCGUCGCUCGGAUAUAUUCUGGCCAACGUCGCGUAUUUCUGUGCGGUGGAGAAAGAUGAUUUCCGCUCUUCAGGUGUCGUUGUCGCUAGCCACUAUCUCCGCAAUAUAUUCGGUUCGUUGUGGGGCGAGCGAAUCUUGCCCUGCUUUAUCAUCAUCUCAGCCUUCGGCAACAUCGCCGCCACUUCUUUCGCCCAAGCUCGAGUAAAUCAAGAGCUAGGAGUUCAAGGACUUCUCCCCGCGUCGAGCUUCUGGCGGAGAAACAACGCCGCAGGAGCCCCAGCGUCAGGUCUCCUCCUCCACUGGCUCGUCAGCGUCCUGGUCAUCGUCCUACCUCCUCCUGGAGAGAUCUACACCUUCCUCGUCAAUAUCGGUGGUUACCCGGUCUCCGUCCUGUCCGUCGCCAUUGCAGGAGGUCUUCUCUACCUGCAAAAUACGUCGGACGAGCGCUGGCUGAGUCCAUGUCCUGCGCCCCGGCUGCACACGAUUGUGUUCCUUGCCAGUAACGCCCUUCUGCUCAUUUUUCCGUGGAUCAAUCCCGGAUCAGAUAAGAGCAGCAACAGUACGAGCAACAAGAGAUUCGCGUACUAUGCAUACCCAGCUACGUCACUCGCUAUUAUUGGUAUGGGUGCAGUCUAUUGGUUAUUUUGGCAGAUGAAGAACAACGCCGAGUCGCCUAUCGUCGGCACACCUUUGCUGCACGACUGGUCCUCCGCAGCUGCCGGUAGUCAGGAAUCACUGAGCGAGGAUGAAGGCGGGCAGGAGAUGGGCGGUCCGUCGGGCCAGAGUAAGCUCAAGCUCGACGACAUAUUUGUGGUCGAGGCCGAACUCGAACAAGAGGAGCAGCCACUUGACUCUUACCGGAGUCCCCUGUCGACCGCAUCAGGAGGACGAGGGAUGAGAUGA